AUUUGCCUGUUUAAGCGCAGAGUUUUACCCGAUUUGUGGUGAAAUUACUUGGACGGGUUUCUGCGAGUUUCAAUUAUCAGGGAAAAGUUACGAUCUUCUGGGAAAGUUCGGAUUUCUUUGGAGUAGUUUUGCUUUUAAGUAAAGGAAGUUUUGGAACAAAAAACGCAAGAAGCAUGACAUCAGAUAAAAAAGUUGCUUCCCUCUUCAAUGGCGGGUAAAUAAUCUUGGAGGAAUGCCUAACUUGUGCUUGCAAGAGUUUGAAGAUAGCGCCUGGGAUGAAUUUGGUGGCAGUGAUGAUCAUAUAGUACCUCAUCCUACUGGUGGAUAUGUGAAUCAAUUUCAAGAUCUGAAUGAUGGCUGUAAGAAACCACGUUGCGAAGUGAUUAUCACCAAUUAUGCUGAUAAAGCUAAAUACAUUGAUCAGGGAAGAGACAAAACUAACUUAGCAACUCUAACUGACAAGGAUAAAAUGCUGGAGAAACAUUCGUGGAACCCUGAUGGUGUGUUUCAUACUUCAUGUGAUGCAUCAUUCAAAGAAGUGGAGAGGGCAGCAUCUGAUGCUGCGAGGAUGUCUAGUGAUUCUUCCAAAAGUGGUGAUUCUGGUGGUACUGAGCUUUAUGUUGACAACCCUAUCUUGGGUGAAGGUGGUGCUGCAGCUGAUGUUAACUUAUAUCAUUAUCCUCUGAGUCAUAUAUCCCAGGUAGACAAUGAUCUCAACUUUCUUGAAAAUGAUCGCGAAGAUAAAGACAGCAGUGAUCUAUUUUAUGGUUGGAGUGAUAUUGGAAAUUUUGAGGAUGUUGACAGGAUGUUUAGAGGUUGUGAUUCGUCAUUUGGGUUAGGGAUUCUAAGUCAUGAAGAUGAGUUGAACUGGUUCCCGCCGUCCCAUGCCACUGAAGUGAAUGAAGAUGCAUUGAAAUUUGGUUCCCAAUUCACUUGUUCUGAGGAAAGAGCAUUGAGUGGUGUAUCCGAACAUCAUGAAGGCUCCAGGUCAAAUGAUGCAAUCCCAUCAAUAAAUGAUGGAAGUAGAAGUUUUUCCACUGUUGACAAAAUAAAUCCUUGGGCUCUGCAUGCUAGUAACCAUUCUUCUAUAGGCCAAAUAUCAUUUCUAAAUGGCCCAGCCCUGAAGUAUGGAAGUAGCGAUGGCCGGAUGGCAAAUGAACAGGCACGUAGUCCAUGCAUGCAUCAAGAGGAUGAUCACCCAUCAAAUCAAGUCUCAGUGCACUAUACUCAUUCGAUUGGCAAAUCUGAAGACACUUGCCUUUCAUCUGUUUUGCAGAGGCAGUCUUCUUAUGCAUCAAAUCCAGUCCAGUCCAUGGAGAGCUCUUAUUGUGCUACAUGUGAUGCUUCUGAUGUAGCAACAAAUUUGAAGAGAGAAAAUCUGUAUCACCGAAAGGAUUUAGAAGCCUCGUUCAAUGGAAAGUUUCAGCAUGAGAAUAUGGUGAGUCAGUCGGCAUUUUGUGAUCCAGUCUUGGUCCAGAAGCAAGCCCAUCAGUCUAAACUUGAAAUUGAGGGUCAUAGCGAAGUUGGAGGUGUUAGUGUAGGAAUCCAGUCAGAGCUAGAUUCUUCAAAUGCACAGGAGAGCUCUAGUGUGAGUUCUUUAUUGGAUGAAUUAUCAGUUGAAGCAAGUAGCUUUCGACAGCUUCAGAAGGCCAUGGAACAGUUGGAUAUUAGGACGAAACUGUGCAUAAGGGAUAGUCUGUAUCGUUUGGCUACGAGUGCAGAACAAAGGCAUAAUUGCAGGAAUUCUAAUAGUGCCAUAAAAACUGGCAGAGAGACAAGUGGAGCACCACUGACUGAAGAAACUGACAAGUUAAUCGAUAUGGAAACUGAUACAAAUCCAAUAGAUCGAUCUAUAGCACACUUACUAUUUCAUAGGCCAUCAGAUCCGUCUGCAAGGCCAACUAGUGAUGUUCCAAGUCUAAGGCCAAUGCCAUGAUUCAUGGGACUGCAAUGAGUUAGGCUGUGAUGGAUGGACAAAGGCUUUAUAACGAAGGAAUGUGGCGGACAUUGAUAAAAGGUUGAUAGAGGAUGCCACACACUGAGAUCAUCUAGCUGCAGCAUAGUUGUGAUAUAAUGGUCCUGUAUAAAAAUCAUCAUGUUUCCGCUGAUUCCAGCUUCCAUUUCAUUCCUGGAUUUGAGUUGUCAGGAUAUGUAAUUUUGAUGUGUAUUUAAGUGUAUAUCCUUGGUGGUCUUGAAUGAUGAGCUUCGUUUGUGCUUAUCUGCUCACCAACAGUCAAAACAGGUUACUCUUAUUAAACUUCUUGUGAACUGGUUUAAGUCUCCUUUGAUUCUUGGA